AUGGAGUUUCUCUUCAUCGAUAGUAACACCUCAACCGACCGGCGCUCACAACGGCUGAUCCGCAGCCAUGGAAUGAAAGGUAAGAAUGCUGGUAAAGUUAUCCCAGCAAGGGGCCACCGAUGGCGACGCGAAGAUGGAGAUCUUCUCAGUUGUAAGAAUACGAAGUCGACGCGCACGGACAAUGUUGGGAGAGGCAGACAACUUCUACCCAAGAAUCCCCCACCAGACACCGAUGGUGAGCUAGUGCAGGCGAUGCAGGCGGCAUCACCCGCCAACCCUUUCUGCGGAUUCGAAUUCUUAUAUUUUUCGACUUCGGUGCCAGUCACCGCAUUUAGCCGACAGCUCUUCCACGGCCUGCACAAUGCAGUCUCGGAGGAGCUGUAUCCUCGUGCCUUUUGCCGCCCGUCGAAUGAGAUCGGCACACGCUGGUUUGAGACCGUGACGACGAGCCCAUGUCGUACGUCAAACUCUUGUUUUGACACCGGGCUGCGCUCUGCGCUCCGCGCUCUGUGCUCUCCUACUGACAGCAAGACAGUCUUUCACUGCGGCCUCGCCGUUAUGGGCAUCCAUCGCUACCAGCUCUUAGGCCGACGGGACGAGCCCCUCGAGUCGACGCACCAUUUGCUCCAGGCCAUGCGCCUGCUCCGCCGCGACCUCAAUGCCGUGUCCAAGACACAAGAGACCAGUGUUAUCGCUGUCGUCAUCUCGCUCGCCAUUCGCGCGAACUUGGCCGACGCGGUGGCCGAAAGCCGCACGCACCUGCAAGCCCUGAAGCGCAUCGUCCAGCUGCGCCCCGGUGGGCUGGUUGCGUUGUGCGCGGCCGUUCCCGAGCUCGGCAACAAGAUACGCCGCACGGAUGCAGAGUUGGCACUUCGAUCUGGGAUGCCGACCAUCUUCGGAUCGCGCCAUCUGUCUCUUCCUGCGCCACUCUAUCAUGUCUUGCUGGGCGACAGGUGGCAGUCUAUAGCUCUGCCGUUCCCGCUACAAGACGUGUGCAUCGAGCUUCAACCGGCUAUCAGGGACAUCCUUAUGCUGUGUAGCUAUGCUGGCCGCAGUCAGCUCGGCACCGUUCAGUACCAAGACCUGGUGAUCUCCAUCGUCCAGCGCCUUGUCGACUACGCCCCGCUCGACGGGGCCCGACCGCCACAGCCUCUUGACGACAUAUGCCAGCUGGGGUUCUUGUCUUUCAUGACUACCGUCGUCCAUCGCGAACCACGUAAGAGGUCUGCCUACUUCGGGCUUCUGUCUGGCUUGUUUCGGACUCGAUUGGGAGAAUUCUACAGCAGCACAAGUUCGUAUACAGCGAGCAAUCACCCCGAGCUGCACUUCUGGCUCCAUUUCAUCUAUGCCAUGUCCGCAUCGGACGAUUCUGCGCCUCUCCGUCGUGUCCAUUUGCCCACAGCCGACCGCAUCCGUGUUCUGGGUGAGGCGCUUGCAAUCAGAACGUGGGAGGUUGCUGUGGCUCACCUGCGCGUUUACCCCUGGGUCGACGCGUUUCAUGACGAAAUGGGCAGGAAGAUCUGGGAGCAGACUACGUGUAGAUGGCAAGAUUGA